GAGAUUGAAGAGAUUUUACACUGGACAUCAUUUUUACAAAUGAAAUCACCACUUAAACCCAAUUUAAAUGAUAUUCCAUUUCAAGUACAAGUUCAAAAUAAUAGUAUAGUAGUAGGUUGUAACAAAGAUUUUACUGCAAACGAAUUUAAGAGUUAUUUAAUUUCAACUUUAGAAACAAUGGUUCAAGCAAUCAAGGUUGGAACUUUUUCAACUAAUGAUAUAAACUCUACAACUAUUGCAUUCAAAGGUAAUACAGUAAUUUAUGAUCAAUUCAAAGAGAAUAUAGUUUCGAAACCAAAUUCGAUUCCACAAUUAGUAGUUUUAAAACCAGGUUUACAAGAUUUAUAUAAGAGUAAUCAUCUUGUAGAGGUUGGUUCACCAAGUAGACAUGCAUUACAAUUAGGUGGUUCUCCAAUAGUUUCAUCUCUUUCUAAUGUUGGCUCAUCAUUAAAUUUAAUAAAGAGACAAGGUGGUUUAAGAAACAUAAAUAUCUCUUUAGGUGAACAAAGAGAUCUUAAUGUCAAAGCUAUUCAACAAAAGAAAAAAUUAACAGCUGCCCAAAUAGCCUCACUUUUAGGUAAACCAUUAAAUUGGAGUAAUACAGAGAAUGAAAUAAAGUAUUUCCGUAAUUUAGCAGAACAAGUUUUCGAUUUUGAAACUUUAGACUCUAGAGAUCGUGUAAAAAUUACUGUUGCCCCCAUUUCAAAUGCGCCAAUGGACCCAUUGUUGCCAAGUAAUUUCAGAGUUAAAUGUUAUUUACCCCCAGACAAUCACUCAACUACAUUAAAUAUUAUGACAACCGAAAAAGUAUCAGAUUUAAUUGAAAAAAUUAUUACAAAACAUAACACAAGCACAAAGUUAAUUUCAUCAGACCACACCGGUAAAGAUUAUGUAAUUCGUAUCACUGGUACAAGCGAUCAUGUUUUUCAAACUGAUAUAUUGGUUUCCAAUUUAGUUGUAGUUAGAAAUCGUUUACAAAGAAAAAAAGAUAUCAAGUUUAGUUUAGUUCAUAAAUCAUCAUUACCAAAUAUUUAUAUUGAUGGUUACUCUGAAGAUAUUUGUACAUCAAAAGAAUAUAUACCAACUUAUCAAUCAACAUCACCACCAAAUCAAUCUUUCAUAGUAUAUAAUAAUAAUGGUAAUAAUAAUAGCUAUAAUAAUAACCCAAUCUCACCAAGACAAAAUAACUUUUUAGCUUUAAGCAGUAAUAAUGCUUUUAAUAACAACAGCAAUAAUUUGGUUAAUAAUACAACCUCUAUCAACGGUAAUAGAUCUAUUUUAUUUAAUGAAAUUAAUAGACCAUUUGAAAUUAGAAUUAUAUGUUUAGAAAAUUUAAAUCCAACUAUAUUCCAAAAAUUCUUACCAGAUAGUGCAAAUAAUCUAAAUGAUAUCAAACUAACAGUUUCAGUAUCCUUAUGUCAUGGUGAGGAGUUAUUAACAGAUUCAAUGGAAAUAGUAGCUGUUAAAGGUUCAAAACCACUUUGGUGCGAAUGGUUAAGAUCUGCACUUUUAAUGUCUGAUAUUCCAAGAGCUACCAAAUUAUGUUUUACUGUUUUUGCUCAAGUUGGUGAUAAAAACAAAAUUUCAAUUGGUUGGGCUGAUUUACAAUUAAUCGAUUACCAUGGUCAACUAUUAAGUGGUGUAACUUCAUUGAUUUUAUGGCCUGGUGACCGUGUUGAUUUACCAGAUUUUAAUAUUCCAUCACCAUCAUUAGUUAUAGAGUUUUGCCAAUUCCCAUUCCCAGUAGUAUUCCCUAAACCAGAAAGAAUGGAAAGAACUGAAAUAAGAGAUUAUGUCGAAGCUAGAAAAGAAGACCAAGAUCGUCUAGAUGAGCUUAUUGAAAAGGAUCCACUUUAUAUUUUAACCGAGUCUGAUAAGAAGUUCAUUUGGAUGUAUAGAAUGCAUUUACAAACUAUCCCAAGUUCUUUACCAAAGGUUUUACAAUCACUCCAUUGGAACAGUCCCGCUGAGGUACGUGAGGCUCAUCGUCUUCUUUCAAUUUGGUCACCACUUUCACCACUUGAAGCAUUAGAGUUAUUAGAUGUUAAAUUUGCAGAUGAAUUGGUAAGAGAAUAUGCAGUAAAAUGUAUUGGAGCUUUAAGCGAUUCAGAUUUGGCACUUUAUUUACUACAAUUAGUUCAAUCAAUUAAACACGAACCAUAUCAUGACUCUGCUUUGGCUAGAUUCCUCAUUCAAAGAGCCCUUAAUAAUCGUGCUAUUAUCGGGCACCCAUUCUUUUGGCAUUUGGAAGCUGAAAUGCAUAACCCAAAGAUUUCAGAACGUUAUUCAUUGGUAUUAGAAACCUAUCUCAAAGGCUGUGGUAAUCAACGUCACGAAUUUGUAAAGCAAAUGGAAGUGGUUACAAAAUUAACAACCAUUGCUAAACUUGUUAAAGAAACAUCACCAAACAAACGUAAAGCAGUGCUCCAUGAAGAAUUAAAUAAAGUGGUUUGGCCCAAUACUUUCCAUUUACCAACAUCACCAUCAACAGAAUCUUGUGGUAUUAUUGUUAGUGAAUGUCGUUGGUUUGAUUCAUUUACUGUACCAUUGUAUUUAGUAUUCCAAAAUGUUGACCCAGUUGGCGAUCCAAUCCAGGUUAUAUUUAAAACAGGUGAUGAUCUUCGUCAAGAUAUUCUUACACUUCAAAUGCUUUCUGUUAUGGAUAAUAUUUGGAAACAAAAUGGCCUCGAUCUUCAUUUAUCAAUUUAUAAUGUUACAGCAAUCAGCGAAGAUACAGGUUUUAUUGAAGUUAUACCAGAUUCAGAUACAACUGCAAAUAUUCAAAAAGCAGCGGGUGGUGCAACUGCUGCAUUUACUAAAACACCACUUUCAAAUUGGCUCAGAGAAAGAAAUCAACACAAUACUGAAUAUGACUAUGCGGUUCAAAACUUUACUCAUUCACUAGCAGGUUAUUGUGUAGCUACUUAUAUUUUAGGUAUUAGUGAUAGACACAAUGAUAACAUUAUGGUUUCAAACUCAGGCCAUUUAUUCCAUAUCGAUUUUGCUCACUUUUUAGGAAACAUUAUGAAAUUCCAUGGUUAUAAGAGAGAAAAGGCUCCAUUUGUAUUAACACCAGAAUUUGCUCAUGUAAUGGGAGGAGAGAAAAGUCCAUCGUUUAAAUUCUUUACAGAUUUAUGUUGUUCAUCUUUUAAAUUUGUCAGAAAGUAUAAAAAUUUAUUUAUUAUCUUAUUUUGUUUAAUGAUUUCAACUGGUAUUCCGGAAUUAAGUACCAAAGGAGAUAUUUCAUAUGUUAGAGAGGCAUUUUUCAUGGAUGUAAAUGAUGAGGAAGCAGCCUCAUCAUUCUCUAAACUUAUUCAAAAGAGUCUAAAGAGUACAACUACCCAGCUCUUAUUCGCUUUACACAUUCUUGUAAAAUCAGGAGGUGAUAAGACUGAUUAA